UGCACGAGAGGCCGGGCAUAGGGUGCACCGACGUCCAAUGAUUAUGCAGGGGAGAGGUGAUAAUGACUUCCUAUCAAGAGUUAACGGCCGAAGAGCAGAGUAGCCCUCUGUUCACUGGCUGCUGCCGAGCUAAAGAGGUCAUCAGCCGGGACCCGGGCGGCAGGACGCAUCCUGAACUCGGCAGUCUUGAAGGGGAGGGGGAAGCGGAGCUGGAAGUUGCCUCCGGAUUUCACUCCGCACGUAGCCGUUACUUGACUUUCUGUUCAGUUUGGCUCUGUGCACCUCUUCAGACGACCCUCCUCCUCCUCCUCCUCCUCCUCCUCCUCCACCGUCUACUAGUUGCUGGUAACUCGGUGCUGGUGAGACUGGGAGCAGCAGCGGCGGCGUCUGCACGCCUGGACGCCACACGCCGAACGGAGCCCCCGAGGAGCGGCUGCAGCACCGGGCAGCCGACCGAGCUGCAGACGGAGCUCCGCUUCAACAAGUACCUGACGCGGGCCGGGCGCGUGGAGGUCGCCGGCGCCCCGCAGCUCAGCGAGACGCAGGUGAAAGUUUGCUUCCAGAACAGACGCGCGCGGCAGCAGAGAUGACAGACGGCCCGGCUGCUCCCGGACCCGGGGCCCGCGGCUCCGCACUCACGCGCCGACACUCCGGACACCUGCUCCUCUCCCGGACCGACCCCGACGUGACACCUGCAGCUGAACUCCAGAGACGCACGCGCCGCGCCGCGCCGCGCCGCGCCGCGCCGCGCCGCGCCGCGCGCUCCGCGUCGACGGCGCCCGCCUGCAGAUGUUUUGAUUCGCGUUUGCAUCGGUUUCAAUCAGCCUUCACCUUUAUUUGCUUAUACCACGGUGGAUGUUUAUCGCAAGGAGCGCAAUGGCAAGUUUCUUCAUGCAAGAACGGGUCAAAUCAAUUUGUCAUUCUCCCCGGCUUCAGACUGACGCUCUGAUUUGAAUAUUAAAAUUCAAGUCAUUUCAUUGCGCUCCUAUCUACACAAGGCAAACGGAGAUACAAAAUUAUAUUAAUUGUCCAUAGAAACGGUGGCAGACUAUUUGUUUAUGCUUUCUGUACAAUUUAUUCGGGAACUGACGCUUUAUUAUAUUUAUCCAACAAGACACGUGCUUUCUAUGUCAGUUUAAAAUAUGAAUUUAUUUGUAAUUAAUUGUUAAGAUCUAUAUUUAAUUAUAUUUAUUUUAUCAACGCGCAUUAUAAAUAAUCCCACCAACCUAAACGUCUGCUGUCUCAAUGCAAUGAAAUUCAGCUUUAUGGAGUUUUUUUCGUCUGUUUGUUCAAAAAUCUAUUAGAGCCCAAGUUUGAGGAACAAAUUCAGAUGCACCAACUAAGUAUUUUAACACGUGUGCCCAUCAUUUGCCGUGAUAACGUAGCAGCGAUUCAGUCCUGCUUUAAUAUUCUACAUUUUGUGCGGUUUAAAGUUUAUUCAGGUCAGCAUUUAAACUCCAUAACUGACCGAAAGAUUUAUUGAUCGCUCGCAUUGAUCCGCGUUAAUUCUUCCGUUCGAGGCACAAACCUGUGAGCAUUUGCAUGCAUCUGUAACUGCGUGUUAAUGGAAUGUAGAAAUAUCUCGACCGGGAGUUGUUGCGUCUUUUAUUACCCCUAUACGUGCAUCAGAAAAUGAUAAUUUAGCUCAAACACUCAUGCGGGAGAGCAGACAAUAAAACGCUGUCUGCGCUGUUCCGCAGAUCAACCAAUAAAUUCCGUGGCACCAGCAGUUAAAUAUUCCUUCCAGAAUCACGUCCCAUCUCAUGUAAAGCAAACGGCGGUAAAGUCGACCUUUAAACACUCUUACGUUCUAUAGCAACGCGAUUAUUCCGUGUUAAUGUCUGUUUUAAUAAGAAGACGUGAGUCAUCCGCCUUAUUAAUGUACAGAAUGGGCAAAGGUUUGUUGAGCUUUCAAUUAGGGUUGUUUGCACUUAGUAUGAAGGUUAAUACUGAUCACAAACAUUAAUCUUAAAUAAAUAAAAUGGCCAAAGAUAGAACCUCCACUAAUUACAUUACAUACAUAGCCUAAACCUUGAAGUGCCUUCCUUAGAAUGAUAAUAUUAUAAUAAUUAGGAUGCAGGAGUGGACACGAGGGCUGCGAGGCCAAGCUAACAUAUGCAGUUACACCAGAGUUCACCCCUCACCUCUUGACCUUUGUCUUGCCUCGGGACAACCAUGACCCGGUCAGCGGCUCCGAGAGAGCAGGAUUCUCCUUUCAUUUGGGUGACCUCCAAGUCUGAGCUUCUCUUUCUUUCUUUCUUUGGUUUUCUCCCCUUUUUUCCCAACAGGCAACUCGCAUCGCCUUUGUUCUGCCCGUGGAUCUGUGUGUCCACACAACAAUAUUUCAUAGGGCUGAAUAGAAGGGCGAGCAGGCCAUGUGAUAAUUGUUCAUAUUAUAAUUCCAUACUGAGCCACAUUAUGCAUUUUCUCUCUCCACCUCGAGAUAACCUAAUUUUUGCCUCAUCUCUUAUUUUAAUAAGCCGAAAAUAUGAUGCUGGCUCACUUUAUAAACUGGAUGAAAGACUCUUUUUACCCAAUAAGUUGGGGAUACAAACUACAGCCCUAUUUUAAUAGCAAAGUCGAAAAAUUAAAGCUACUUGAGCAUACUUAGCACUUUAUAUGAUUCCAUGUCUGCGCCAGUGUAAACAGAAUUUAGAGCAAGUAUUCAUUAUACCUGCAGCUCAUAUUUCACCAAUGUCUGCUUGAAUAUUUUUAAAUAUAUAUGUGUAUAUUUAAUUCCGACAUAAAUCCUUUCUACAGUAAGUGAUAUAUUUUUAAAAAUGUUCACCUCAUAAAUAUUAACUGAGCGGAUGAGGAAUAAUUAGGUCCAACGUAAGAGUCACAAAAGAAGCUUUUGACAGUUAAAAGUUUUAUUUGUAAUUGAUACGAAUGAUUUUUACAUGUGAGCUAGACUGACUACAUGUCAGAGACAAUUUAUUUUGAAUUUGCAUUUAAACAAAAUGGCCACCAUUAAGGCGGCCUUUCUCUAAACAAAAUAGUACAAAGUGGAAUGUUUAACAAAACCUUCCAAUGUGUUCAUCUUUUUAAUGCAAAUGAGUGUGCACUUGUGAAGGUUGUGGGGAUGAUGAGGAGGACGGAGAAGAUGAAGCAACGUGAUGGGACAACCUGUGAAUACAAAAGCAGUCUCUAAUGUCCACUGUUUCUCCUGAGAAGUGUGUCACGUUGACCUUAUUAGAAACUCCUUCAUCAUCUUGUGCAAAUUCGCUUCUUUGCCACAGGGCUUCAGGUUCAGGUGAAAACGUGCACGCGGGACGCUUCCCGCAGGUGCGCGCUCACUUUUUUGGAAGAAAAGUUACCUUAUCACAGUUCCCACUGAAUAAUAGAUUCACUUAGAAAUACACAACAAUUUAAAAUAGCAGCAUGGAAAUGUGUGGGGAGCGAGAACGUAAUGUGAAUUAUAAAGAUGAGGUGAAGGUGAGGAGAAGAGCUUUAUUUUUGGGUGAGUUAUCGCCUCAAUUUUAUUGUGGGGAAGCUCCAGCAUUUGCCUCUCAAUUGAUGAAAGGCAAAGCGCAUUGUUUGUUCAGACCUGACAUUUAGUUCGGAAGCAUUUGAGUGUGACUGGCUUCUGAUGAAUUUGUGCUCUUCUGUAAUUUCUCCCUGAAGAUGUACGGUCGGCCGGCGAGACUGACAGCUGUGCUGCGCUUCUCCGCAGGCAAACACAUGGUAAAUGUGAGGACAAUAAAAGCAGAAUAACUCUAAACCAAAUCUAUUGCUGCCACAGGUAGUCACAGUGCUGACACUGAGGAAGUUACAGCUUCUCUCCCCUUUAUGGUUCCCUCCUCCUGAUUUAAGCAGCCAUUUUGUCUUUUUAUUGAUAUAAGCAUUGAUUUAAAUCAAUGGGAAACAACAUAAUGAAGUUAACAUUAUUUGUAAAAGUGACUUUUUUCAACUGGAAGCAGUAAUGUAAUGUGUGAUGAAUGAGACUAUUGCGCGUCUCUGAUGUCUUCUGCUGUCUCUUAUAGGCAGAUGUUUACAGCUGUGACAUGACGUGCGACAGAUCACAUGGGAUUCGCUGGUAUUUUACGUUACAUUUUGUAUUAACACAUAUAAGUGGGCUCCUUUCCAGCUCGUUGUAAUUAAUACUAAGUUGAUCUAAAAUUAACUUAAUGCAUAAUAUGCAUGUAAUAUCUUUUCCAGUGCUCAGGGGAAUAAAAUCAAUUGAUCAAGUUAAA